CACACCUGAGGCUGCAUGGGACAGCAAGUUACUUCCACGGCUGCUGCCCUCUCGGGACUGCUUUCACCCUGCAGUAGCCGCAGGGACAGCACAGGUGCCCAGAGGGAAUACACCUGCCACAGUCAUCCCACAGCAGAUUCACAGGAUCAGUUAGCUUGGAAAAGACCUCGGGGAUCGGCAAGUCCAACCCGAUCCGACACCACGCUGUCAGCCAGAUCACGGCACCGAGUGCCACGUCCAGACAUUCCUUAAACACCUCCAGGGACGGUGACUCUGCCACCUGCUUGGGCAGUCCAUUCCAGCAUCUAAGCACUCCUUCUGUGAGUAAAUUCUUCCUAAUGUCCACUGUAAACCUCUGCUGGCACAGCUUGACGCUAUAUCCUCUCAUCCUGUCACUAGCUGCGUGGGGAAGAGGCCGACCCACAGCUGGCUACCAUCUCCUGUCAGGUGGCUGUAGAGAGUGAUAAGGUCACCCCUAAGCCUCCUCCCGGCUAAACAACCCCCGCUCCCUCGGCCGCUUCUCAUAGGACAUACGCUCCCAACCCUUCUCUGGACACGCUCCAGCACCUCAGUGUCCUCCCUGGAGAGAGGCGCCCAGAAGCGGGUACAGUACUCGAGGCGGCCUUAGCGGUGCUGAGUACACGGGAAGAAUCGCUUCCCUAGUUCUGCUAGCCACACUCUUCCUGGUACAGCGGGACGCGGUUUCUCUUUCCUGAGACACCCCCGGGCCCGCAAGCGGAGCUGCCCACGCCCGCUGUCCGCCAGCGCCCCGGCAGCGGCGGGAGCAGCGCGCAGCCGCCUGGGCCGCAGCCGCGCGGAGAUGGCGGCGGAGCAGGAAGCGGGCGGGCGGCGCCACGCUGGGCCCCGCUGCGGAGGUUUAAAAAUGUCUGAUCUGAAAAAUAUUGUACACAGAACCCAUUGUAUUGAAAAACUGCUGUCUGAGAACAAUUUGCAAGAUAUUGAGGAUCAUCUUAAAGAACUUGAAUAUGUUGAUAUGACGGUAGAAUAUCUUCAGGGGACAGAAGUCACCAAGGUUGUAUAUAGAGUACUCAAGAGCUGCCCUUCAGGAGAGUUGAAAAAGAAAGCAAAGCAGUUAUUGUCAAGGUGGAAAUCACUUUACAAGAAUAACUGUGCUCAGUCAAUGCCAGUUAAAAAGUCAGUUUCUGUGUAUGUGAAAGAACAAAUUGAGCAUCUCAGUGUAGUUCCUAGAGAGCAGUUGCUAUCUGAAGGACCAUGUCAGCAGGAGCCAUUAGAUGGUACUAGUUCCAACAGUUUGAUCCCAUCACAAACUGUUAAAAAUGUGGUGUGUAACAAUGCAGAAAGCAGUAUGAAUCAGCUUUCUUCUUUUGAGGAACAACAUGCUGUUCAUGAAGAUUCUAAAUCUGUUGUUAGUGAAGCAAGUCUGCAGCAGGAUCUGAUGAGAGCUCUGAGGUGUAAAUGUGUGGAUCUUCUUUACAAAGCUUUGAUUGAUUCUGCCAAAGAUGAAGAAACUGUUAAAUGGCUAGAGUUAGCUAAAGAAAUUGAAGAACAUAUUUUUGCUCUUCAUGCUAAAAAUGAUAAAAAGUAUAAAAAUUGCAUCAGAAGUAAAAUCUCUAACCUUAAGAACCCAAAAAGUUGCCACUUAAAGCGUAACCUUUUUUCAGGAACUUUGAGCCCAAAGGCUUUUGCUGAGAUGACAGUGAUGGAAAUGGCCAGCGAUGAACUGAAACAGCUGAGGGCCCUGUACACAAAAUCAUCUGUUCAGGAACAUCAGCUUCCACAGGUUAUUAAUGGCACACAGACAAACAAAAUAAAGUGCAGACGCUGUGAAAAAUUUGAUUGCACUGUCACUAUGAUUGCCAGAGGAACUCUCUUUCUUCCAGCUUGGGUGCGAAACACAAAUCCGGAUGAACAAAUGUUGACGUACGUUAUUUGUAAUGAAUGUGGAGAACAGUGGUAUCACAGCAGAUGGAUUUGUUUGUAAAGCUAUCUCUCUAGAAUAAGGGACUUGGAAAUGUGUAUGAGAACUUACCUCUGUUGAAACUCUGUAAUUUUAAAUUCUGUGCUGAUACUAUGUGGGUGCUGCCACUAAAAACUGCAAAAUCAGUUUUAAAAAACUGCUCAUGUAUUUUUAAAGAUGGCUUGAAUGAAUCUUACAUGUUUUUAAGUAAUGUAAAUAUGUAAAGAAAUAAAGGGUAAAAGGAAAAAAUGGUUACACUAUCUAAGUGGAAUGUUUACUAGUAAAUCCAUUAAAAUUAUUCCAAGUGCUGAGUUUUUUCCUGAAGGGACUGGCUACUUGGAUUUUUUUUUUAACUUCAGGAGGAGUUCUUUCAUGGAAUAUAAGUUUCAUUUACAUUAAACAAAUUGUUUUCAAAACUGCAGUUCACGUACUUACGUGCAUUGCAGAAUGUUCAGCAUGGAUUCACUCCUUAAUUAAAUCACUUUUUGUGAGCAAGUGUGAGAUUAUUAAGUUGGUUUGAGAGGUGAUUUCUAACAGGGCAAUAAAGAAACUAAAAGUAGACCAUUAAAGGGGGUAGAAAGCACCUAGCAAAGGAAAGCAAGAAUGAGAUUCUGCUUUAUGUUUUUAGCUAUUAGAAGGAAAACAGGACUUGUGACAGUCUAUCAGUAUGCCAGCCAGAUUUACAAUGUAAGAUGGUGUGUCCUGCUACUGCAAAGAAAUUAAUGCAGGAUCAGACAAUGAAUUAUUUCAGAAAAUUAUGUAAAUACAUUAUUGGAUGUAUGCUUAAUAAAUAAAAUUAAUAGGAGUUCAUUACUUUCUUGAGUGGAUAUCCUCUCUGGAACUGGGACACCUGUCCUGAACUGAGAAAACUAAUGUUUCUAUAUAGUGCACAUUACCCACAAACAACAAAUAGAAGGAAAUCCAAUAGCAGAAGUCUUAAUACAUAUUUUUGUUCCAGAGUCAACAGGAUUCUCACUCAUUGUUCACUAAAAGUAUUUAUUAAAAAAAAAAUCUUCUCACCUAAGUAAGUGACCUGUAUCUUUUACAAAUGUACAACAGGCAUUUAGCACUUCAAGGUUAAAAUAUAUCAGCAGAGCAGAGAAACCUGCUGAGUAUUUGCUGGAGGAAUUGAGGACAGUUCUGCACCCAUCUGACUGUGACACAGCUGAGGCUGGUCAGCUCCUCUGGGCUGAGAAAGGAGUUGGAGGCAUGACAUGAAAAAAUAGGUAUUGGUGUACUAAAUGCCAGCCAGGACUGAAAGACAGGCCUUUAUCUGUAUAUGGGGAAAUGUAUGUGUAACCUGAUGUUGCAAGGAGACACUUAAAAACUAUUCUACUGAAAAAAAAAAAAAAAAGAAAAAUCUUUCUGUUGUGUGAAAGGUUAACAAUUACCUUUCAGUAGUAUUACUUAGAUUUUUAACAUGUAAAAAUGUGUGUUUUAGGGGAAUUGCACUGAGGUAAAAUACGCAUUAAAGCUUUCGGCCAGACCCCCAGUGUUCAGCUGUGUAACCAAGGAGUUGCUAUCUGGCCUUCCUUCCCAGCCCUUCCUUGUGUGCUGGAAUUGAUGCUUAUGAGUAAUCCUGCUUAAGUGGCAGUACUUUUGUGUAAAGUAUUAUUGUUACCUUUCAGUGAAACUACAGGAAAUCAAACACUCCUGUGUUAGUGGAUCACAGCAAGUGCAGGAUUGUGUGCAGUCAUUUUGAAGGUCAUGGUCCUGUUGAAGAGAGCUUUAUGCCAGCAUUGUGCUGUGUCAGAACACCAUGUAGCAGAAGACUUUAUUUUAGCUCUGAACAACUUAUAAAUAAUUUCUGCUUGCCGUUGGUUUUGAAGCCAUUCCAGUAAUGUACAGCUCAUCCAAGUUUUAUCUUGGCAAAGGGAGAUAUUACAAGGCAUGAAGGGUGUUUCUGACAGAAUAUAUUUCAAGGGUAAAAUUUGUAUCUGCAACACUGACCACAUUUGUGACAUACUAUGUAACAUCGUUGUUUUUUUUUUUAACUGGCCAUCACUAAAUGUUUAACUCUGCAGGCUUAAAAUAUUAUAUGCUAUAUUAUAUGCUUUGUCUCAAAAUGUCUUUAAAAAGCCAACUUGCUACUACACAGUAUGUACAACAGCAAAAGGGUAUAGAUCACUGGAGUACAGGAAGCAGAAACAAAUGCUUUGAAAAAUGA